UAUUAGGCUCCCACGGUUUUCCACAAGAAGCAAUUACGGCUUUGCGGUCCCUCGUACCUGUCGCUUGCAAGGAGCAACCGCGACGCCGUUACCGGUAUUGCACCUGCUUCCCAAGGAGACGCCCUUAAAAUCAAUUUGCUGAAAGCAACUGGUACGCUUCCGGCGAUGUCUAACAACGUGGACGUCGGAGCCCCGACCCAGCGCACAAUUGCAACCCAACGCUGUCGCUUGCACCAGUUCCGACGUUCCGGUUGGGCGAUAAGACGACAUAGUAGACCAGAUUUACAUCCAUCUUCCCCAGCUGCGCCCUUAACCGUCGCCGCACUACCACGACGAUGCUCAUAUGCACUGCAAUCCCUGGGUCCCGGCAGCGGCCUGGGACCCACCAUCGCCACCUCCUCCAAGCCCACCGUGGUGGAGCGGCGGGCUGCUGACGUGGCAGUGCUGGGGGACAGCUGCGUGGCGCUCUGUGCGGCGCUGUCGCUGGCCCGCCGCGGCAAGAAGGUGGUGUGGCUGCCGCACCUGGGACUCAACCCAACACCGGCACCAGCAGGGGCGGGGGCAGCAGGGGCGGGGGCAGCAGCAGGGGCCUCCAGCCCCCGGCCCCGACCAGAGGUGCUGCGGCCGCUGCGGCUGCCCCACCCGGACCCCGCCCUGGUCAGCCUGGCCGCCGAGUCCGCCGCCUACUG